AUUGACUCGGCACACAGCUGUACCUUAACUGAACUAAUUCAGACUCUGGCAUUAAAUAUAAUCCUUACUAAGUGUAGUUACACAUUUUUUACAAAUACGUUCACUGUGUGUGAUAACUUACAUCUGAUAACUAGAGAGUUACAUGACUGGUUGUGUUGUCAGGACUUUGACCACUUGUCAGAAAGCUGAGUCAAACAUUAAAGUGCAGGAUGACACGUUACUUUGUUGUGUGGGUAAAACUGAUUUAAAAUAUAAUGUAAAUAUCAGUUUUGAAAAAGUAUUUGACAGAAUAAAAAGAUGGAAGAAAGGAUUUUAGUGGGCAGCAGAGGAUCGACACGGAAAGGGGACAAACACUGUCUUCAGGAGCGGAGGAUUGUCCUCCUGGGUCACGACUGGCUGGAGAAGAGUUUGACAGGAAACACCAUCCUCGGCCGACAGAUGUUUGACAUCAGCAGAGACGUAAAGAUGUGUGUUAGGAGACAGGGCGUUCUUGACGAUGGCCGAACAGUCAUUGUAGUCAACAGCCCUGAAAGGUGGAUCUGCUACUCUGUCCGAGACCCCGGCCUGGUGAACAACAACAUGUCAGCCUGCAUGGACAUGUGCCCACCGGGACCUCACGCCUUCCUCAUGGUCAUUCCCAUCAGCUCUCACAGAGGCAGGGAGUGGACAGUAGAGGGACCUCUUGAGCUGCUUAAUGACACAGUGUGGACAAACACGAUAGUAAUAUUCACCAGAUGUGAGAGACUGAAAGGGUUGUCUGUAGAGGACUACGCUGCAAGAUGCAGUUAUCUCGAAGCAGUUUUGGAGAGGUGUGGACAUAGAUACCACCUUUUAGACACAAGCAUUUGGGGAAGAGAUGAUGAUACUCAGGUUGCAGAAGUUUUUGAGAAGAUUGAUGCAAUGGUUGCAGGGAACAUAAAGGCAGGAGGAGUUGGUUACGUGACAACAAAUGAGGAAGUCUCCAGAAUAACUGAGAGGGAAAGGAAAGAGGUAGAAGACAGGGCGAUUCUGAGGCGAAUGAACGUGCAGAUGACCAGAAGUAUACUCAGAUCUCUGAUGGGAGAGUCUCCUCCGAUUUCAAUGCUUCGGAUUCUCAUUGUGGGGCCGAAGCAGGUUGGGAAGAGCUCUGCUGCAAACACCAUUCUGGGUGAUGAAGUCUUUCCUGCUGGACAUCCAACAUCACAAUGCACUGAGAGACUGGGUGAUGUUCACAAAAAGCGAGUCACUGUGGUUGAUGUUCCUAGCUGGCAUGGGAGAUACUGCUCAGAGGACACUCCAGAGGAAGUCCAACAGCAGAUUACUCACAGUGCAUCUCUGUGUGCCCCCAUUCCCCAUGCUAUCCUGGUGGUCGUACGCAGCGAUGAGACUUUCACUGAAACCGACCGGUUAAAAGUGGAGCAACACUUGAGCUUGCUCGGAACUUGGGGGUGGACUCGAACCAUGGUGCUGUUCACCUGGGGAGACAAACUUGGAGUCACUCCCAUUGAGGAGCACAUUGAGAGAUGGCCUGCCCUUCAGUGGUUGGUGGACAAAUGCGGAAAUAGGUAUCAUGUUUUUGAUAACUCAAACAAGGUCGGAGACAAUCAAGCUAGAGAACUGCUGGAGAAGAUUGAGGAAACUGAGGUGAGGAAUGAUACCGGACACUUGUUGCAUAGUUUCAUGAAACUCCAAGAAAGCCACAAGAAGCUGCAACAAAGCUCCAAAAAAGUUGCAAGACAGCUUAAGAAGGCAAAGACAGACAAUGAUCUCCUGAGGCAAAGAGUCGAGGAGAAGGAGAUCAUAGUAGAGGACAUUAUUAAGACAGCUGAAGUGCAAAAUGAAAAAAUUGAAGCUCUGAAGGCCACAAUUGAGAAGAAGAGGGAGUCUGAAGAAAGGAAAAAUAAAGACUGUGAAGAUAUUUGCAGAAGAUUAGAGGAGGCUGAAAGGGAGAACAACAGGCUCAAACAAGUCAUUAUGGGGAAAGAAAGAAUGAUAUCAAGCUUGAGUGAAAGGUGGGCUGUGAAAGAAGAUGUUAUUAAAGCCACAAAGCAGAGCAGUGAGGUGGAAAAAGAAGUCCUAGAGGAAAGAGUGAAAGAAGAAGAGCGAGACACAGCAACCUUGAAGAAAAUGUAUGAGGCGAAAGAGAAAGAGCUGGACCAUAUGAUGGUGAAUCACACAAGAGAAGCACAAGAGCUCAAAGACACGAUUGAACAGCUAAAGAGAGAAAAUGAAGAUUCAAAGAAGGUUUUGAAAGCCACAAUUGAAGGGAUGCAGAGGCACUAUCAGAAAAAAGAAAACGGAACAAAUGACAUGAACACUGUGUACUUUAACGAAGGCAACUACCACAGGAAAACAAUGAAAGACUUCAAGUCAGUGGAGGAAAUUGGUAGACAACAAAAAUGGGCGUUCACAUUGCCAUUGAGCCACCACGCAGUUAAACCUGUUGCAGAGACAGAACAAAAAAAGCAGACAGUGUUGGAUAAUGACAUCGUGCUACAUGAGAAGACAGACACUGCGAACCAAGUGAGGCAACUGGAAGCUGACUGGCUUCCCUUAUGGUUGAGAGCUGGAGGCGCUGCAAUCGGAGCUGCAGUUGGGGCCCUUACUGGCUCCUCCCGGGUGGCUACAGGGUUGAACACCAGGUCAGCUGUUGGGGCUGCAGCUGGGGCUCUACUGGGCAGCUUACUGGUCCAAGGAGCCAGGCCCCAGCACAGGAAAAUGGAGUCAGACACCAAUAGAAAGUGAGUCUCUACCAUGAGACAUAAAUAUCCUAAUUACUAGCAGAGUGCCAGGAGGGGAGACUACCUAUGACCAUAUUUCAAUGCACAGACUUCUGAAAAGAGCAGGUUGUGCACUUGUGGACAGAUUUUAAAGUGAAUAUUUGUUCCGCCAUAGUCCAUUUAUUUUCCUCCACAUAAAUACACACAUUGACAGAGCCAUUUCAUUUUUUCAGCAAUUUGUAUUAAUAUUGUUUUUGUUCAUUUCAUUCUGCAGAGCCACAUGGCUCUUUGGUCCUUUUAAAGCUACAGAGCGGCUAGUGUGCAGGAUUCAGUGGCAUCUAGUGGUGAAGUUGCAGAUUGCGGUGGCUACUAGUCUUUAGUCUCCCUAGCUGGCUAUAGAUUCCAAAAUCCAAAAAUAGAAUUGAUAUGCUUGAUCUGCAGCGAGAAACUGCAUUAUAAAGGCUCAAAUGUGUUUUACUGCUCCAGACUGAUUUUAUUCAUUUAUUUUUGCCAAAAAUAGUUCUUUUGAUAGUGAAGGUUGCUGGCCCCUGGGGAUCAAACAUACCGGUGAGCAGGAAACCACCACUAUUGAGGUUCGGUAAAAGAAGACACCAGCUCAGGACGUAAUGUAUGACGUACAUGACAGUCUGUGUAAUGGCAUCACAUUUUUACAAUUGUAAAACAUUCAACAAUUUUUUGUUAAAGCCACAGGGAGCCACAAGAGAGGAGCUAAAGAGCUGCAGAUUGCCUAACCCUGGUCUAGAGUUUAGUUUUUGUUCAGAUUUUGAAAAUCUAGAGAUGUUUGGAAAUGAUUGAACAAGAGAGCAACCCCACUGUUCCCUAAAACUGUCUGGAUAUUGAAGAGCAUCAUUAAAACAGGAUUUCAUUCA